AUGAGUUCGAAUGUUAAGUUCUUCCGCUUGCAUAAAGCAGAACCUCCUAGCAACCAUAAAUUGAGCAUUGGAUCCCCGCGACUCCGCACACCAGGAGAACACCGAGGAAAGUUCACAGCAAAGCAUUGGCCCUGCCAAACAAUUGCUUUACACACCGGCUCACAAUCCUUUUUCUUACCGCGUCAUUUCACACAGCCUCAAGGAGCAUCGGCACAACAAAGAGUCACCCAUCACCUUCAGCAACCCUUUCAUUCCCUCUUCAGUCCUUCUCGCGUUACGUCAGUGGUGCACCAUCCGCCAAUGAUGCCCAAAAGUUGUCAUGUCGCAUCCGCAGCCAGCAAUGCGCAUCCAGUGCUUUUUUUUAAAGGUUGGCACCCACCCACCUCUUCAACCCACAAAUUACUUCUGCAGUAG